AAACAGAAGACAUCAGAAAGAGAACAUCGAAGGAGAAAGACGCUAAUAAACCCCCAUUGAACGUGCCGAAGUGUGUGAGCUAUUCAGGGACAAAGGACCUCGAUAGCACGGCAAGCAGUUUGUUCCGGCAGAUGAGCGAGCUAAACCCCCUUGAUGUCUUGGCUCACACCGCUUCUACCGAAGAUGAUCAAGUGAAAAAUAUGGGCCCUAGUUUCCCUGGCCUGCUGACAUCAACUCCAAAACUGGACAGAUCAGCUUUCAGGAAAAGAGAGCGGAUGAGGGUGUUACAGGACAUUUUUUCGAACUCUUAUCGACAUUCCACUGAAGAGGAUGAUUAUCAAACUUUUUCAAGAGCGCAUAUUGGAGUUCAGAUAUACCCUGAUGUGAAGUCUAAAGAUGUCCAGCAUCCACCCCACAUUAAAGAGGAAGAGGAGGAUCCACAGCCCCCCCACAUGAAAGAGGAAGAGGAGGAAGUGUGGAUGAGUCAGGAGGGAGAGUGUCCUGUAGGGCAGGAGGAGGCUGAUGUCAGCAAGUUUCCACUGACUGUUGUCUCUGUGAAGACUGAAGAGCAUGAAGACAAACCACCUGAGUCCUCACAGCUUCAUCACAGUCCAAACGUCCAGCAGGUGUCAGCAGAGAGUCAAGAAGAGAUUCCCUCCAAGCAGCAGGAGUGGAGCUCCAGUGUGGGACAGAAGGAGCUACAGGCCCCCUCCCACAUUAAAGAAGAAGAGGAGGAACUGUGGAAGCAGCUUCAAAUGUUGGUGGAGGAUAAUGAUGAAGAUGAAGCUCAGUCCUUACAGCUUCAUCACAGUCAAAGUGAGGAGAACAGAGGGGCGGAGCUUGUAAGUCAACACAUCACAGAAGCUGAUGGAGAGCAUUGUGAAGAUAUAAAGUCACAACCAGACAGCAUCUUUGCUCCACUGUCAGACAUGGACCACACGAUGUCACACUCUUCUGAUCACAGUGAUCACAUCCAACAACCUUUGGAGAGUAAAAAUGACUCUAAAGGUGAUACGAGACAUCACACUAACAACAUUCACUUUGACUGCUCUCAAUGUGGGAAAUCAUUUAGACAGAAGAGUAUUUAUACAAGACACAUGAGGAUACAUACCGGAGAGAAACCUUUUACUUGCUCUGUUUGUAAGAAGAGUUUCUCCACAAAGUUUGAAAUGACCACACACAUGAGAACACACACUGGAGAGAAACCUUUUACUUGCUCUGUUUGUAAGAAGAGUUUCUCCACAAAGCUUGUCAUGACCACACACAUGAGAACACAUACUGGAGAGAAACCUUUUACUUGCUCUGUUUGUAAGAAGAGUUUCUCCAGAAAGCAAUACAUGACACCACACAUGAGAACACACACUGGAGAGAACCCGUUUAGUUGCACUGUGUGUGCUAAAAGGUUCAGGUAUAAGUAUCAGGUCAGUAAACACAAGUGUGUAACAGUCAUGGAAGCUGCAGGGAUUUAAAAACACUUAAACAGUGAUUGUGCCAAAUGUACUCUAAUAACACAGCAUGUUUAAAGGGGAACAUUAUCACCAGACCUAUGUAAGCGUCUAUAAAUACCUUGAUGUUGCAGAAAAAAGACCACGUUUUUUUAACUGAUUUCCAAACAUCUAAAAGGGCGAAUUUGGCGAUUUAAAGACCUUUCAAUUAUUCGCUGUCGGAGCGAUGAUCUUUCACCCGUGACAUCACAAUGGGAAGCAAUCCGCCAUUUCCUUAAACACAUUAAACACACAAGUCAAGUCAGCUCUGUUAUUUUCCGUUUUUUCGACUGUUUUCCGUACCUUGGAGACAUCAUGCCUCGUCGGUGGGUGGUCGGAGGGUGUAACAACACGAUCAGGGAUGGAUUCAAGUUGGAAUGUGCAUCGAUAAGAACGGCAUGCUAAUCGAUGCUAACAUGCUAUUUAGGCUAGCUGUAGGUACAUAUCGCAUCGCUGUGCCUCAUUUGCACCUAUAUUUGCAUCCAGCCUUUCUCUCCACCCAAAUUUAAGGCCAAACAAACACAUACCAAUCGACAGAUUCAAGUUGCACCAUUGUCAAAAGAUGCGAAAGUCCCUCGUUUGUUCUGCACAUUUUACCGGCGAUGCUAUGACAGACAUGGCACAGAGAUGUGUGGAUAUCCUGCAACACUCAAAGCAGAUGCAUUUCCAACGAUAAAGUCAAUGAAAUCACAACGGUGAGUUUUGUUGAUGUUAUUGACUUAUGUGCUAAUCAGACAUAUUUGGUCGCGGCAUGACUGCCAGCUAAUCGAUGCUAACAUGCUAUUUAGGCUAGCUGUAUCUACAUUUGUGGCUAUAUUUGCAUCCAGCCUUUCCCUCCACCCACAUUUAAUGCCAAACAAACACUUACCAAUCGACGGAUUUAAGUUGCUCCAGUGGUCAAAAGAUGCAAUCUUUGGUUAGAAGGCGAUCGCCGAAUAGCUUCAAUAGCUAUUCACUCAAAAGCUUCAGUUUCUUCUUCAAUUUUGUUUUCGCUAUCUGCCUCCACACUCCAACCCUCCGUUUCAAUACAUGCGUAAUCUGUUGAAUCGCUUAAGCCGCUGAAAUCCGAAUCUGAAUCCGAGCUAAUGUCGCUAUAUCUUGCUGGUCUAUCCGCCAAGUUUGAUUGUAUUGGCAUCACUAUGUGACGUCACAGGAAAAUGGACGGUGGAUUUACAGAUAGCGAAAAUCAGGCACUCUAAAGCCUUUUUUUGGGAUAUUCCAUGAUUGGUAAAAUUUUGAAAAAAAAUUUGAAAAAUAAAAUAAGCCACUGGGAACUGAUUUUUAUUGGUUUUAACUCUUCUGAAAUUGUGAUAAUGGCCCCUUUAAUAUGAAUGUAUAUUUGAUGUUGUAUGUAGUGAUUCUCAUCUUCUACUGUUAUGUUAUCCUGGAGUUUUUAAGUUGUGUGCAUGUAUUGAAUAUCAUGUAUCAUGCUACUAUUUUAUUUGAUUUUCUCAUUGUUAAAGAGAGGACAUCUUUAUUUUCACUUGGGGUUUUUUUUCACACAUUUUCUUCCUAUGUAUUUUUAUUGAUGUUAUUAUCCAAUUAAAAGUAUGAAUGAAUAAAAUAUUUAACAAAA